AUGGCUGCUUCCGACACGAGAAGCUGCAUGUUGGUCGCCGAAGCCGCCACCCAGAUCGUGUUGCAGAAACUAGAUAUCUUGCUCUCUCGCCCGGUGUGCAUCGAGUGCUUAUCGAUGCGAGCCAGUAUGGAGGACGCCAAGGCGAAGCUGGCCACGAUCCAAGACUUCAUUUCCACUCAAUACAGACCGUCCAAAACCACGGAGUGGUCGGGGCGCCUCCUCCAAGCCAUGAACUACGCUGAGGAAUUCAUAGACAAGUUCCAGCUCAGAAAGGCCUGCAAGAGGCACGAGGCCCUCCACAUGGCCGCAUGGCCGCUUGCUGCGCUCGUCGCCAAGUGCAAGCUGCGGAGGGACUUGUCCAUACUGGUGAAUAAGAUGGAGGGGCUGUGUGAUGAGAAGUUCCUGAAGGAAGCGGCUGAGCACAAGAGGAAAAAUGGACCUGCCAGUUCCUCCUCCCAUCCUCGUGCUCCAUGGCAAGGCACAAAAUUGGCGAGUCUGACUAGUUUCUGGGAUCGGUACGUGCCUAUUAUUUCCUUAUAUCUUCAGGACGAGAAAAAGAAGCUAAUGAAGUGGAUGAUAAUGCAGCAAGGGGGGAUCCAAGGGACUUCAAUUUUCGGCAGGUCAGGGACCGGCAAGGCGAUCCUCGCAAGAUGGGCCCACAGCCAAGCGAAGUACAUGGACUAUGAGCGGCGUGCUUAUGUCCACAUCUCGGCCGGCAUGGACAAGCGGCAGUUCCUGUUCGAGAUACUGAAGCAAGUCGAGAAGCAAGCGAGGGAAAUGAAGGACAUGGAUAUCAAGGAGAUAAAGGCAAUGCUGAGUCGGAAAUUGGCUGAGACGAAGAGAUUUCUCAUAGUGUUGGAUGAAGUGCAGCAGUCCAACGAGCCACUCUUGCGAGAGUUAGCGAUGAUCCUUCCGUUCUCUUCGCAGGGCCACCUAAUUUAUACCACUCAGGACGAUAAGAUAGCCCAGUACAUGAAUACAUCCGGGACAGAGCCGAUCAAGUUAGAAGAUAUGGACGUUGAAGGAAGCCAGCGCAUGCUAGCAUGGGAGUUGCAUGGAGUACCAGAUGGUGGGAAACUCUCAGAUGAGGAGAAAAAGAUCCUAGAAAUUUGUCCUGCCGUGCCGCUCUGCAUAUCUUUAAUCGGUGGGUUUCUGUCGAAUGCUGCAGAGCACGAACGAGCAGCGUUGGCGAAAGAGCGUUCUAUGAUGACAUUGUUAGAUAUACUACAAUUGAGUUGCCAUAAAUUGCCGGUCCAUCUAAAACCUUGCUUCAUCUACAUGGCUUUGUUCCCCGUAACAUUCCCCAUUCCGACAAGAAGGCUAUUGAGGCUGUGGUUGGCUGAUGGCUUAUUGAAUUCGCAUUGUUACGACAUAGAAGGGGAAAGGACAAGGAAGCCCGAGGAUGUGGGAGCGAUGUUCAUUCUGGAGCUCGCGCAUAGGAAUGUGAUCUAUGUGCCGAGCCGGAGGAAGGAUGGAUCCCCCAAAACUUGCCAGAUGGUCGUUCCUCUGCAUGAGAUGAUCCGCCCGAUCGCAAUGAGCGUGGGGUUCCUCCACAUACAUGCCGCUCGCAAGUCGGAAGGCGGGAACGACCAUGACCCAACCAGCCAGCAACAGCAGCCGCCGGCCCAACCACGAGAAAGAACCAAGGUUCGGUGGCUUGUGGAGCACGCAAACAUAGUCACCGUCGGCAGCCGUGGCUACCCCAAUUUGAACCUCCGCCACGUAAGCUCGUUUCUGUCGUUCCACCAGAGGAGAGGCGUGCUGACCAAAGACGUCAGCACGUUUCUUAGGAAGAUGACGUCCGAGACUGACUAUAGCUUGCUAAGGGUGCUUGAUUUGGAGGGUGUGUAUAAGCCAUCCUUGCAAGGCGUGCUCCCCAAGCUGGUGCUCCUGAGGUACCUAGGGUUGAGAUCCACGGUGUUGGACUCGAUCCCACGUGAGGUUGCGGAUCUGCACUACCUCGAGACUCUGGACAUAAAGCACACUAACAUCACUUCGCUGCCGAGUUCCUUAGAAGGCGAGGAACUUGAGGCACCUGCAUCUAAAUUGGUUUUAUGUCGACUUGACGAACAUCCUCAGGGCUUGUCGCAACAAUGUCAAUGCCUUGACUAA